AUGAAGCACAACAAGUCAAGUACAAGAAAAGAUAGAGUACUUGCAAAUAAGAGAAGAAAUACUAUUGAACAUUUCAAGAAUAUACCUCAUCAUAGUCAUCAAAUCAAAGACAGUGAUUUGAUUAAAACUCCAGAAAUAAUUCGACAAAUGGUAACCCAAGAGGCAAGUAAGCCUUACACACCAACAAGUAUUGUUACGACUAUUAAAGUAAGAUUAAAUUGCUUUUUGGUGGCUUAG